AUGGUUUUGAAUGAUGUUUUUUACGAGUGCAAGGCCUUCGAAAUGGUGAAUCCGAACUUCAAGAAGCAGCAUGGGCAGCACAUAUUGAAGAAUCUUGGAGUGGUGGACACGGUUAUUGAGAGAGCAAGGAUUAAGCCUACCGAUACAGUACUGGAGAUUGGAGGAGGGACAGGGAAUCUUACAAUGAAGCUGUUACAGAAGGCAAAGAAGGUGAUAUGCUAUGAAAUAGAUCCUAGGCUUGCAGCGGAGCUUGUGAAGAAGGUGAAUGCCAUGCCUGGGAUGGCACAGAAGUUCCAGCUGUUUGUUGGAGAUGCAUUGAAGCACGACUUUCCGCAUUUUGACCUGUGCAUUACGAAUCUUCCGUACCAGAUCAGCAGUCCGUUUGUAUUCAAACUGCUGAGAUAUGAUUUCAAGUGUGCGUUUGUGAUGUUCCAGAGGGAAUUUGCAGAACGGCUGGUUGCAAGGCCUGGAAGCUCUGCAUACUGUAGGCUGUCUGUUGGAGUGCAGAUGCUUGCACAAGUGGAUCAUGUUGUGAAGGUGUCCAGAAACAGCUUUGUUCCGCCGCCAAAGGUGGAGUCGAGCUUUGUAAGGAUUGAGCCAAAGACGCCUAAGCCACCGAUUGAGUUUGAAGAGUUUGACCGAUUUCUGAAGAUAUGCUUUCUUAGGAAGAACAAGACACUCAAGGCGAAUUUCAAGGCAUCGAAUCUUGUUUCAAUGAUAAAGAGGCAUGAGGGAAUGGAGAACACGUCGCCAGACGAAGUAUUUGAAAAUGUGCUGAGCAAGGCGGGGCAGCGCGGAGUCCGAGCAGCAAAGAUGGAUGUGGAGGACUUCCUUGCCCUGAUGCUUGAGUUCAGGAAGGUGGGGAUAUUUUUCUGA